AUGGCGGACGAUCAUGACCCUCAUUGUGUAGAGGACAUUGACGAUGAUGAGUAUGAGGACGAGUACGAGGAUGAGGACGAGGACGAUGAUGAGCCUUAUGAUGUGAAUAAGGAGGAUGAAUUGGGUGAGCCAGAGGAUCAGGCUCAAGAUGAGUUCGAGCGUAGGCUUGAAGAAUUCAAAAUUUCAGCUGAACGUGCACCGCCUAUUGAAAAUACAGCACGUGAGAUUGUUGGUGAGAACCCGACUCCUGAAACUCAUGGCCAAGGACAAGAUCAAAACAACACAGGUGGUGGAGGGGGGGAAGGCACCGGCUCAAAGAAAAAGAAGGGGUCCGACGAGAAGCUUUAA